AUGUAUCAUGUUCUGAUCAAGUUUGCAGUUUACUAUGACAUUCACUUUCUAGUCUCUCUUUUCAUCAUAAUCAACUUUGUGAAUGGCUUCUUCGACACGAGUGCUACGAGAGCUCAUGUUGAAGAUGGACGUGUCAUAAUGAACAAUCUCUUCACGAAACUUAGAGGGCAACAGUCAAUAGCAAUUAAUGAUCUAAACAACAAACCAGAAUUCCUCCUCCAGGAAUGGCAUGGUGGUGGCGCAAAGAUAGGAGAAGGAAAUGCUAAUGAUCAAGGGCAGAGGGACGAAUACUUACAUAAUAAAUGA